CUCUCUGCUAUAAGCUUUACGCUUUCCCAUUAGAAUGUUAUGCCAUAAAAAUUAAUUUUUCGAAAUAUUUUACUACUUGAAAUAUUUUCAAAAUGUAUUAGAAUAACAAAGACACGAGGCUCGUUUGUAUUUCAUUUCAAAAAUGGGAACAAAUGUGCACCACAAUUUACCACCAGAAGCGGAUGAUAAAUCGCCAUCGGACGAAACCGAUUCGGAAGUAAUAUGGGAAGUCAUCGACAAAGAAGACGAUGUGCACUUGAGAAAUAUAUCGUCUGCCGUUUACACUGUCAUACUACUAGUAAUUGGCAUACCUCUUUGGUGGCGGAUGACAGAGGUCCAGCGUCACUCUCUUCCGUACGCUAAAAUCUCCGAGCUUGAGACGAGAAAUGUCGUUAUUACCACUGACGUGUUUGUAUUUACACAAAACCCUUUAGACACAGACCGUAUUAUUAACGAAAUCAAACUGGGAUUCAAUUCAACUAUGUUUGAGAUCAAUGCUGAGCGUUCCACUCUGGUCAAAAAAAGUGACAGUUUAAAUCAACUAGAAGCUAUAACAACACCCUUGGGAUCACUUCAUUUAAUUGAAACAGACAAUGUAGAUGAUAUUCUAGUGGGUCUUGGCCGUAAUGUAUAUUUCCCCCCCGACACAAGCAUUUGGUUAUUAACGGAUACGUUAAAAAGACUUUUACAAACUGAUGCGUUGUCGGACUCAAUGUUAUCAAUGUUAAGCCCACGCCAGCAUUCUGAAAACGAACAAGUAGUAGCCGAUCGUCAACGUCGAGUGCGUCCAUCGUCAGAUUACAAUAUCUUACUUACGGUUGUAAACCCGGAACCUGACAAUCUUAAAGUUACUUGGACACCAGUAAUUCCUAUAAAUAGAUAUCUAAUGCCUUUAUUGAAUCAGUUGAAAUUAAUUGCUAACUUUUCUGUACAAUCUCAAUGGUUGUAUUUAAUUGAUUUAAUACAAAAGCCGAUCAAUCUGAAUGGUACAUUCGUGUUGGAUAAAAAUCAAGCUCAAUAUAUUAUAACGCCUCUAGAAAAAAAACUAGGUUCCGGAGUGUCAAAAAAUCCGUGUAUACAUUUUGUUGUUUAUGUUGCGCCUUGUGCCUAUACACCUCUAUAUUUUUACGAGAACAAUAGACUAACAUCAGCAAUGAUGUCGGCUCGUUGGGGAGGUGUCCAGUUUGUAAACGCCAAUCCUGAGGCGUGCAAUAAAACUAAAAGCUUUACUCCAGACGAUCUUAGUGUUAUGACUCCGAUUGUCACUCAAUUUCAUUCGUUAAUCGGAGUGUCAGACGUAUCAAAACAAGUUUCAGUUAUUCCUCUGAAAUCGUCCACUUUGCGUGCUUGGCAAUUGGAUUCCAUGUACAGACUUAAGAUCAUCGAACAAUACACCAACGCACGCGUUACCCUUACUUCGUUAUCAAAACUUUUGGGUGAAAUUAGCAACAUUGUUAUCAUUGAAGAGGUCGGGAAAGCUGUCACUGAAUCGGUAGACGCCGCCUUAUCAGUGUUGCAAAGCAUAGAGGAUGGACGUUUGGAAGACGCCUUAGAAUAUAGUAGAAUUGCAUUUAAGACUUCAGAAUUUGCAUUUACCCAUCCGUCGUUGUUAGCGUUGCUUUAUUUCCCCGACGAUCAAAAGUACGCUGUGUACAUACCUUUAUUUUUACCAGUUAUGAUUCCCGUAAUAAUGUCGUUAGGAGGAAUUAAAAACUGGAUUCAAUCUAAGUUCAAAAAAAUUGACUAAAUAUAAAUAUAAAUUAUGAAAACUUAGAGGAAAACUGUAGUUAUAUUGUAUAUAUA